AUGAAUCUCAUUUCUAUCUUGGUUAAUAACGAAAACCCGAAACCUGGUCAAAUGUGGUUCAAAUGCUCUCCGCUUGGAGUCAACUCCUUGAGAAGCAUGCUCAAGAACAUGAUAAGAGAUUCGGGCCUAGAAACAGAUAAAAAACUUGUAAAUCACAGCACAAGAAAGCAUUUGGUUCAGAAGCUGGUUGAUCAUGACAUACCGCCAAACGAAAUCAUUCAGAUCACUGGACAUAAAAACGUUAACUCUUUAAACAACUACUCAUCUUUAUCGGACAAGAAACAGCAGCAGAUUUCCGCUGUGUUGUCUAAUGCUGCCAGUACCAGCCAAAGCUUGUCAGCCGUAUCUGUUGAAGAGAAUACUAAAGCGGAAAGCUUUUUCUCGGGUGCAACUUCGGGACGUUUAUUUCAAAAUUGCCAAAUCGCAACGGUAAAUGUCUAA